AUGGAAUUUACUGUGUCCGAGCCGCCGGUCUGGGCGUCCCCAGUCGACUCGCGCGGGGAGCUCUUCUACGCGGAGGUGGAGGAGGCGCCGGUGUACCGCGUGGUGGUGAGACUGGGCGCCGGUCGGCCGGCCGCCGUCCAGCACGGUCCGCUCUGUGAGAGCGUGCUCGGACUGAUCGGCCACCACCAGCUGGCGCCCGCCGAGCCCGCCGGUGCCGUCAGCGUGGCCGCCCUGGCGCCGCGCGGCCCGCUCGUCCGCGGCGGGCAGGUGCACAUCGGUGACCGGCUGGAGCGGGUGAACGGGGCGCCGGUGACCGUCGACAGUCUGCAGACUGUGCUGGCCGCCCUGCCGAGGUCCGGAAAGGUGCGCCUCUCGUUUCGGCGGGCCACUGCACCGGCGGACGGCUCGCCACAGCCUCCAGCGCCGCUCACCAACGGCGUCAACAAACAGGCAGCCUCUGGUGGCGACCCCGCCGCCGCCGCCACUACCACGGUCUCGUCACCGUCCGAUGAGGGCCGUGUGACCAGUCUAACCGGGGACGGCCUGCCGCUGGAGGAGCUCGGCCGGCUGCUGCGCGGCGUGCCCUACGGACUGCUGUGUCUCAGCACGGAGGGCCUCACCGAGACAUCGCCGGAGCGGCAGGACAUCGUGUACCAGUUUCCCGGGUACGACACCGCGCUGCUGUCUGCCCGCGGCGCGCUGCUCACUGUCGCGGGUCUGACCAAGCAGAUCUCAGGGGAUACUCCGGUCAGGGCGGCUGUGACCGUGGGCUCCACACCUGUCCACGUGGCUGUGACCUGUCAGGAGGAGCUGGUGCUGCUGCUGGCCGCCCCCGAGGUCAGUCUGUCGGCGCCAGAACUGCACCAGCUCGGCACGGAGCUCUGGCAGCUGCUGCGGCUCGAGUUCGGCUCACUGCGCAGCGCGCUCCGGGAGCGGUCGCAGCGGCCCUACGUGGACCACCUGCUGGCGCUGGUGUUUCAGCAGGCGCUGCUGACGCCCGAGCUGCUGGCCGGCGCGCGCGGCGCGCGGCCGCAGCGGCCGGCCGGCGGUCUGGACCGGCUGCUGGCCGCCGCGCACACCGUCCAUCUGCCGCGGCACGUCCAGGUGUUGAUUGAAGACAGUCUGACGGAGCUGGAGUCGGGCGACUUUGGAGAGGAGUCGGAGGACUUUUACGGCCUGGAGCGGCUCUAUCUGCUGCGCGGCUCGGCCCUCUACUACAAGGGUUACCUGGUGUGCUCGCACCUACCGGUCGAGGACCAGGCCUCGGUACACCUGGUGCUGCGACACCGGCAGCUACUGGAGCGGACCCGCCGCGGUCGCUGGCGUCAGCUGGUGCUGUGGAGACCGUACCGGCGGGCGUCUGCGGGCACCACCCCGGCCCCGGCGGCCGAGCCUGCUCCAGGGCCGGCCGGAGCAGACACUGCCGCCGGAGACAACUACAGCAGCGAGCAGCUGGACUGCUACCUGCUGGUGGUCGGGGCGAAGCACGCGCUGCUGGCGGUUCUACUCGAGUCAGGCGCCUGCACCGUACAGCCGGCGGCCGGCGCCGGGCCCGACUCGAUCUACGUGGAGGAGGCGCAGGCCACGCUGUUCCAGCUCGAAUCCAUGGGCAUCAUGGACGUAUGUGAGAGCUGGUUGGGCGGUAACCCGUCAUUGAACACCUCAACAGAGGAAGAAUUGCCGGGAGGAGCUCGACCUUACGAAGGAUCCGCCAGAGACACGCUGCUGGAGACGCGCUGGUGGAGCCGCCUGGUGGCCGCGCGCCGAACUGACAGCCGCCGGUCCCGUAGCAGCGCCGAGCAGUCCUUCAAAGGAGCAGACGGUCCCAGUUCCCUGGAGGACACACGCAGUGGCGGCGGCGGGAGCGCCUCAGGCAGCGGGACCGGCGGCCGCGGCGGCAGCGGCAGCGGCAGCGCCUCCUGGCGACAGGAGCCGGCCGACAGUCCCGCCUCCGCGUCAGAGACGGGCGCCGCACCGGCCCGACACCAGCCGCACUCGGCGUCAGACGACGGGGACAGUUCGACCGACGACUCUGCGGCCGACACGUGGGAAAUCUACAGGGGACCUCCGAAGAGUCGGUUGCUGCCGAACCAGUACGAUCUGAUGGAGAACAAGAAGAUAUACAUGGGCCAGGCCCUGGAGGACUCCAGGAGGGUGGUGGCCGACUCGUUCUCUGUGGCGCUGCAGCACGUGCUGCUGGACGUACCGGCGGCCACCUACCUGGCGCUGCCGGAGCCGCUGCUGGCCGCCUGGCUGCGGCCGGAGCUGGUGGCUGCCUUCGGGCGCGCCGUGGCCCGACUGCUGCCACUGCUGGCGCAACGACCGCCGGUGACGGGCGGCUUCUCUGGCGGCCCGGCCGCCGGCAGGCCGCACGAGGUCGGCACGCUGUUCACCCUGGAUGGCCAGGAGGGACAGACCUUCUGGGUGGUCGGCCGGCAGAUGGCAGCGCCGGCGCAGCGGCUGCUGUUCGUCUGUGUGCCCGGCUCCACACCGCCCAACAUGCUGGAGAUGGCCUUCCGGCUGAUCCACGGCACCGGGCCGCGAUAACUUCGCGUGACCUGGCACGGGCCGCGAUGACCUCGCGACCGGACACGGGCGGCCAUGUGACCUGACCCUCGGGCCGCAGUGAUCCGUGGCCUGACCCUGGGUAGACUGCGGUGACCUGGUGACCUGACCUUGACUCCAGUGACCUGAUUGUCCGGGUCCGAUGUGGGUGUGGAUCGCAAGUUCAGAUCACUCCUGGACUCGGGUGAUUUUGUGACGGCAGACGACUGCUUUCACUGCUCCCACAGCGGCUCUCAGUCGCGUCCUUCCUCCCCAGUGCAAUAUUGCGACCGGAUGAGCCAGCACGGAGUUGUGCCGUAGCUACCCGCUGGUUGCGUAUCUAGUGCCAAAAGCGGCAGCGGAGCUCUACCAUGUUCCGUCCGACGUACCUGACUGGAAAUGUGUGUGGACGUACAACGACUGUAGGACGACUGGAGGACUUCCCACGGCCGGUGACUCCUGACCAGGUGUGACGUCACCUGUAUGACGUCACGCCAUGUGGAUCAAACAGACGAUGUCCCCUGUCCGGCGGGUAGGGGACGGGGACACGGGACAGGUUUCCGUUGACACGGCCGGCGGCUGAGCGCCGCGGACACAUAUUGAUCCGUCCCGGAGCAGACCGGCUGAUGUGCUCGGUAACAGUGAGGCUCACCUAUCGAAGAGGCUGAUCGUUGUUACUUGCGUACAAUUUGUUUCGGGGAGGGCUGCUUUUCCCGUGUGGGUCGGGCCGCGAAGCCAGCCCUGUGCGCUUUGGGCCGCCCCUGGGCCGUACGUGAUGUUAUUUAUCGCAUUAACGUUCUAUAUAUUCUGUACGUUGCUCUGCCAUUGUUUCACAUUUAUACGGGUCACUCUUGAUACGUACUUUUCCGUCCAUUUUCAAGGCGGCUGUGCUUGUUGCAAUAUACAUAUUUAU